AUGAUUCAAAAACUUAAUUCUCACGUUCACUACCUCAUUCGUUCGCCAGCAAUUGCGUUCGCGCCAUGCGGAGGAAUGCAUCAACAUCUCAGAAUGAUAACAGGAGUACUCUUAAAGGAUGGUAAUCCGCUACCAAUAAUACGUAACUUUGAAUUGGAAGACCAUCCACCAGCUAGAGAGUUUGACGAUAUCUGCAUCAAGCUGCGCACCUCAAUUUCGUCCAAGACUGGCGUGCCAUAUGAUACGGUCGGAUGUUGCUUUACUUCAUUGAUUGCCCCUCCUAAUCGAACUCACGUCACUGUCAAGAUAGAGAAUAGAGGAACUGCUACACUGCGCAAGUUCGAAUGGGAAUUGUUCUUGGAACUUGAAAGAAGGAGAACUAAUUCGACCACCAUGGACUUAGAACUGCAACCACACUACGAGACUGCAACCGGUGAUGGGUAUAUAACCAUCCGAAUUGCCAUGGGAUUCUUCGGAGAUAAUUUGUUGGGCGAAUGGCGCGGGGUAUAUGGCAGUGCAACUGAGGUGAUGGAUAUUGCGGAGACGACCUGUUCGAAAUUCGAGAAAUGGGCUAAUACGGAGAAGAGAUUGGGCUACAAGAACUUUAGUUGCGUUGUAACCGGUCAACGCUGGAGAUUUAUGAAAGGGGUCUUUUUCUUGCACUACGAGUCGAAUGAAGCGGAUGCCACCUCAUUAACGAAUGAUGCCUUGGAAAAUCGAAUCAUAACGGGAGUUGGUAACGAAAUCACUGCCUUGUCAAUUGAAGUCCUAACUGCUACAUGUUGA